AUGCUUGGAAGAGCAGUGCAAAAGCUUCAAGCAGCCACUCCAAUUCUGAAAAAUCACAAAAAAGACUUCAAAGAUUCCAAAAAAUCCCAAAAAUCGCAAUUUCAGACCACAGCGGCUCGUGGAAAGGCUCGUGGCGUGAUUGUGCAGAGCUACGCAGCCGACGUUCUUCCAUUCAAGGGGAAACCAGCGGAAGCCAAAUCGAGACGCGUCCGUUUGGAGGCCGGAAAGACCUAUCAUUGGUGUUCGUGUGGUUUGAGUGUUAAGCAGCCAUUCUGCGAUGGAACCCACAAAGUGCCAGGGCUCACCAACGUUCGUCCAGUCAGUUUUCAGGUCGAAAAAACCGGCGACUACUCAAUGUGCGGAUGCAAACAGACCGAUUCUCGACCACUUUGCGAUGGAAAACACUCGGAUGUCAGUUUUCUAUGCUGA